CUCGGAAGUUUCCGCCAGGAGCUACAUUUGUUGUGCAGAAAACUACAGUUAACUGACGCUUUAUGAACAUAUUCUAGUUUUAACACAUGCAAACAACAUAAAGUACAUAUAUUUAGCAGCUGGUGAAGCAGGUUGGUGUAUUUACAUCACUAACUGUCAAUGAUUUCAGUGUUUUUUUCCAGUAUAAAAGUGCUGCGGCCGCAUUGGUUACCGUUAGCCAGCUAACAGUUAGCUGCUAUGUUAGCCAGCUAACGUUACCUAUAUGAAACCAUUCAGACGUAGCAGCUAGUCGGUUAGCUAUAUAUAUUCUGCAUUUAGUUUCAUUGCUUAGCUAGAUAUCGGAUAUUUAGAUGACGUUAGUUUGCUAGCAAAAAUUCACAGUGAUGUCCUUUCUAGCGACUCGAUAAAAGAAGCAAGAUGGCUAACGUGUACUGCUUCAUUAGAAAAAAUAUUAGCUAGCUUGUAGCUAACAAGAUCAAUCCAUUCAUUGGCAAUUUAUGCUGCAUUAAUUAUAGCUAGCUGGCCGGCCAACCAGAUAUCCAGUGAUAGUACUGUAUGAAAGACAGUACAUUACACAUUUUUCCACACUGAUCCCAUUGACUCUCUUCCCCCCCCGUAGUCAGGUGUCAUGAUGACCACCCUCGUCCAUGACACCACUGAGGCGGUGUGUCUGUGUCUGGAGUACAACCUUUUCCUGAAGCCCAUCGCCAAGAUGACGGUGAGUGACACACAUACAGUGUCACAUACACCAUUUGCCUGGAAACAGAAAUGAGCGUUUGAAUCAGGAACGUUUCCUCUCACGACCUCUACAAGCCAGGAUGUUGAAUAAAAUGUAGUGCGUUCAGAUUUCUAUCACCUGAAGCAUAAUAAUAAUAAUAAUAUGCCAUUUAGCAGACGCUUUUAUCCAAAGCGACUUAGUCAUGUGUGCAUACAUUUUUAUGUAUGGGUGGUCCCGGGGAUCAAACCCACUACCCUGGCGUUACAAGCGCCAUGCUCUACCAAUUGAGCUACAGAGGACCACGUCUUCACUAUUAUUCUACAAUGUAGAAAAUAGUAAAAAUAAAGAAAAACCCUGGAAUGAGUAGGUGUUCUAAAACUUUUGACUGGUACUGUAUAUUACACACACACUGGCCAGUUCAUUAGGUACACCACCCCGUUCACGAAAAUGGAUCGCUCAUACAGACAGUUAGUCACAUGGCUGUGGCUUGUUAUAUAAAGCAGGCAGACAUCGAGGCAUUCAGUUACUGUUCGCAUGCGGACAAGAUAAAAAUGCAUGCAUACUUGCCGAGCUCAUGCACGUGUUUACAUGUUUCUGCGCAUGCUUCAGGUGAUGGAAAUCUGAACCCACAACCAGCGCUUUGAAAAGUUGAUGUAAUUAUACUUUCCUGUGGAUAUAUUGUCUCACAACCGCACAGACAACCGGUAAAGUACGUUAAAAUAUAAUUUUAUUCAACAUUCUGGCUUGUAGAGGUUGAGAGGAAACUUUCCUGAUUCAGACGCUCAUUUCUGCCCUGAUGUACAAUUCAAUGUAAAUCAACUUUGGGUUUCCAGGCAAAUACACCUGUACCUGAAGUAAUGAGCAUCUCCAACACAAUGUAUUUGACUUCCAGGUAAGCAUGUAUUACAGUAAAAUGUAUUCUAUGAUUUGUCUUCCAGUUGAGUGUGGCACUGCCCCAGCUGAAGCUGCCUGGGAAGAGCAUCUCUAACUGGGAGGUGAUGGAGAGGGUGAAGGCCAUGGUGGCUCCUGAACAGUUCUCUGCCCUCAGGUUGGCAUGGGCCCUGGCCAUUGGAACAUAUUCAUACUGUUAUAGUCAUAGCCAUAGGUCACGUGUGUUGUUAUAGCUAAGCUACAAGCAAGCUAAUAACUCUACAAUAACAGUAAAACCAUGACAAUACUGAUAAUAUGGCCAAUGGGUUGCCUGGUAUCAAUAUUUUCUGGUAUGGAUAUAUGUAUUGUAUGAAGCUGUAAUCGUCGAGCAAUAUGUCUCACCGCUGUCUCUCCCCAGGAUCUCUAAGAGCACCAUGGACUUUAUCCGCUUCGAGGGCGAGGUGGAGAACAGAGGGGUGGUGAAGAUCCUGCUGGCCAAACUGGAUGGCAAGAGCAUCAAACUCAGCGGCUUCACUGACAUACUCAAGGUAGCAGAGCUGUUACGUAGGCCUCAAAAUGUACAGUGAAAAUGUGUCAGGUAAAGUGUUAACAAAAAAUCUGUAAUUUUGGUGACAGAGUACCAUCUGCAAGUUCUUGCAAAACAGAACUCUGUUUCUCCAAAUCAACUGAACUGGUAAAUUAAAGGGGAAUAAUACAUCAUGUAGCUAUAACUGAUAACAAUUUCUCCCUGGUCUGUGGGGUGUCCAGGUGCGUGCGGUGGAGAAUAAGAUGGACUUCCCGACACGUUAUGACUGGGACUCGUUCUUCCGUGAUGCCAAGGACAUGAACGAUACGGUUCCAGGGGAGAGGCCAGACACCAUCCACUUGGAGGGCCUGCCCUGCCGCUGGUUUACCCUGCCUGACGGUCCCCCUGACCGGCCCUCCGAGACUGCCCUGCAGACCGUCUUCCAGGUAGGAAAGGACGCAUCAUAUACCUAACAAUCACUCAAUCGAUCAAUCAAUCACCCUAACACACACACACACACUAACCCUAACACACACACCCUAAAUAGGGCUGGGACGAUACCAGUAUCGCAAUAUUCUUUCCAUGGCAAAAAUGAAAACACGAAGCAGACCUAACUUAUGGUCCUUUAAAAACAUGCUGUAUGUAAAAUAGUGUUCUAUUGCUUGGAAAAUAAAUACAUGUGACUGGAUGACAACAUAAUGAUGUUUGUUUCCAGCAUUAGGGCUGUUUUCCUAAAGUUAAAUCCGCUUCCUGUUUUGUUUCCUUGCCACGAUACUAACGAGUAUCGCGAUACUGGUAUCGUCCCAGCCCUACCCCUAACCGUAUCCCUCCUCCCAGGGCUUUGGUCAGGUGCGUCAUGUAGACAUCCCCAUGCUGGACCCGUACAGAGAGGAGACUCUUGAUAAGAACUUCAACACCUUCACCUUCGGCGGCCAUCUUAACUUUGAGGCGUACGUCCAAUACCAAGAGUACGAUGGCUUCGCCAAAGCCAUGGACACACUGAGAGGCAUGAAGCUCAUGUACAAAGGAGAGGAUGGCAAGGCUGUGGCCUGCAACAUCAAGGUAGUGAACUACACACACUAUCCACACUACAGACACCACACACACAAACAUAUACACACACUAAGAGGGAUGAAACACGUAUAGAAGGGAAAGGAAGGUAUCCACACUGUUAGAUUUGGGUGAGGGUUGAGGGGAUUGUCCUGCUGUGUUAACACCAGAACGACCUUCCCUGACUUUUUGAAAGUUUGUAUUUUACAUUGCUCAUUUGUCAUAAUUUUGAAAUCAAACAGAAAAGUGUUUAGAGCCUUUUUACCCUCUUUCUUCACACCUAUUCCCAAUUUAUCCAUCCAAGACAAUGCGCUGUAGGAUGUUGGUACCCAGCCAGGCGCUAAUGUGUCUCUCGCUCCUCACUGAAUGACAAAUGGAUGAAUGGCCGAUAAUUGUGCACAUUAUGUCCCAAUUUCAUUUAAAUUAGGCCUAACUGAAUUAUAAGGAGGGUGAAGAAGGUUGCUGAUUUAAUAUAAAACAAUAAUAGUGUAAUGAUGAGUGUUAUGCCUAUUUAUCAGCGUUGACGCUCAUUAUUAUAGAAAAUAAUUUGACCACAUGGCCUUGCAGGUUGAUACCAUUCUCUUUUACACUUUACUUUGUAAAAAGGACCUGUUACAGGACUGUUUUAUUUACUGUAACUCUAUUAUAAUCAAAUGUAUUGUAAGGGAAAUGAAAACAUGCUAUGUGUUGCAGUAGGCCUUUAGAAUAAUGCUAAACAUAUCCUUGACUCAAUCCAAGUUGAUGAACGAGGGGAAACAAACGAUGGCAGUCAGCCUGCGCAGCCGGCCCAUCGAAACUAUACCCAAACUAAUUUCACACAUAAUAAGAGUUAGCCUGAAGACAAGACUAAAUUGACAAUAGUUUGAUGAGUGACAAUAUUAUAAGUUGUCAAAUUGUACAUGAAGAGAUGGGCAUUUUAGGUUUCUAUAUAGUAUCAGUUUCUAUGACACUUACCUUUGUCAAAUAACUCUCAAAAUUCAAGUGGUGCAGCUCUAUUUCCAAAUAUCAUUUUUUCCCAAGAAUAUCUGCGCAGUCCAUGUGUUCAGCACAUGACCACUCGCACGGCAGCAUUGCUCAGGCUACUAAGCAAAGACUUUUAACAUAAUACACUGCUAUUCUGAGAUGGAGGGGGGGGGUAGAAGGAGACGAGGGAUGGAGGGAAGGAGGAGGAGAGGGUGGAAGGAGGAGAUGGAGGGAGGGGGUAGAAGGAGAAGAUGGAGGGGGGUAGAAAGAGAGGGUGGAAGGAGGAGAUGGAGAGGGUGGAUGGAGGAGAUGGGGGGGGUGGUGGAAGGAGGAGAUGGAGGGGGGUGGGGUAGAAGGAGAGGGGUAGAAGUAGGAGAUGGAGGGGGGGUGGGGUAGAAGGAGAGGGUGGAAGGAGGAGAUGGAGGGGGGUAGAAGGAGGAGAGUGUCAGGAGAGUAGCACGUCCAGUCUGUCAGGUAACCUUUGACAUGAAUAAACACCCGAGUGUCACUAGUGCAUCCUGCAGUCCUACUCCAACUCUAUCAGGUGACCCACUCAGCUAACUGUCUGCCUGUCUGUCAGGUGACCUUUGACACCAGUAAGCACCUGAGUGACGUGACUCUAAAGAGACGGCAGCAGGAACGACUGAGAAUACUGGAGUUGGAGAGACAGAGGGAGGAGCUGAAACGCAAGGAGAAGGAGGAAGAGGAGAGAUGCAAGGAGGAGGAGAGGUCAUAUGCCUGGUCUGAAAACAUUGUCCGCUGUCUUUGCCUCUUUAGUGUCUGGUCUGUAGAUCUGAGGGGACUGGAUAGGUGUAAGGAACAUGGUGAUCGCUCCACCUCGUCUUCUAAUGAGUGUAAGCUUCCACCGUAUUGCUAUCACCCAUCCAGUCCUUCAGAUCUGCAAACCGAAGGGGGUAGGAGAUGAGCUACUAGGGCCUGUAUUGGUAGACAGUAGCAGAGCUAUGUAUUAGACUAGUGAAUGAACCAUGCUUCUGCUGUGGUUGUAGGAAACAGAAGGAGGCGGAGGAGGAGGAAAAGGAGCGGAAGAGGGAGGAGAGGAUACGGAAACGAGAGCAGAAGCUGAGAGAGAGGGAGGAGAGGAGGAACCUAAAGAAGGUGAAGAGGAGGCAGGAGGAGGAGCAGAAGAAGUUGCAGAUGAAGAUCGCGACGGAGGAGAGAAGGCUGUUGUUGGCUCAGAGGAACCUGGAGUCUAUACGCCUUAUCGCUGAACUACUGGGCAGGGCCAAGGUACACACACACACACACACACUUGAUGCAUGGUGUCAUUUAAUUCACCAAUACUUACACCUAUACCAAUGCACAUUUAAUACAGACAUGCCGAUAGGACCUACAUUACAAUCUGUCUUCUCCCUCUCCCCUCCCUAGGCUCUGAAACAGCAACAGCAGGAGAAAGAGAGAGUGGAGAGAGAGGAGCGAGAGAAGGAGGAGUUAGCCAGGCAGAAGGAGGAGUUAGCCCGGCUGGAGCAGCUGGAGGCCUCCAGGCGGGAGCAGGAGGUGGAGCUGAGACGUGUGGAGUUAGAGAAAGGGCGUGCCUUGGAUCUGCAGCGCAGGGAGAAAGAGCUGAGGGAGAGACUGGUUGGUAACCUGCUGAAGAAGGCUGGAGGAGAGGGAGAAAACCAGACCUCCACCACCCAGCCGUCAGCCCUGACCAUGCCCAGGGGAGACAGCUCCGACCUGGGUAAGACAGGCAGGGCCCUGGGGGUGAACGGGGUGAGACCGAGGGGAGAGGAGAGACCCAGAGCUACGGUACGCUCACACGUCACUGAGAAACAGAUAGGAGAGAGGGAGGAGAGGCGAGGAGGAAGGGAGGAGAGGAGAGGUUAUGAAUGGAGAAGAAGGGAGGCGAGGGAGAAACCUAGGGAGAGGAGUCGGUCCCAUAGCCAGGGUAGGAGGAGGUACAGCCACAGCCGGGGACGAAGAAGCUCUACCAGAAAGAGGAGUGAUAGUCAAAGGAGGAGGAGAAGCGAUAGCAGACAGGGGGAGAAGUCGUAG